AUGUACAACACUAGAAGUUCAAGUGGCGGUAGUCACGGUAAUCAGUAUAUCAAAAAGAUUGAAACUUUCAGACAACAACAACAUCAACUGCAGCAGCAACAACAGCAACAACAAACAAUGUCUAAUGUGGACAAUUGUGUAACAUCAAAAACAACUACUCCAAUGAAAAAAUCAAUUCAACAACAAUCCAUGCCCUUGCAUGAUGCACCAUCACAACAAACAACAUGUUCUAAACCAGUUGUCCAAACUCAAAUACCGACAGCCUCAGUUACUCAAACGUCUCCAGUAAAAGAUUUUGAGAAUAAACGAAUAAAACUUGAAGUUGAAAGUUCAAUUAGCGAGAAGUCAGAAGUAAAAUGGCCUGUCAAACGAAAAAUUAAUAAGAAAGAACGGAAAAAGCGCUUGAAUGCUCGAAUGCGUCGUUUAGUAUCUCCCAAAAGUCCAUUAAUGGUAUUUUCUGAGUUGUUCAAGGAUGUACCAAUUCAAUUACAAGAGCACUCAAUAAAUAAUGUUACUGGUUACACUGCUACACUUGAGAUUGAUGGUCAGAUGUAUUCUGCAAAUCACAUCUCCAAGACUCAGGCCAAACAAAAGGCAUGUGAAAAUUUCUUGCGCAUUAUGUUGGCUAAAAAAAUAAGUGAGCGAUCUGAAAAAAAAGAAGAAUCUCCCAUAGAAACAGUGACGGUAGAUGGAGAAAAUGGUACUGUACAGAAACCUAACGGACCCCCACAGGAAGAUUUCCCGUGGCCACAUUUUGCUUCAUUAGCUAUGCAUAACUUAUUACAUCAAUGGGAGCUACAGCCUGUUUCAAAAGCUAUUAAUUUACAAGAAGAACAACCAAAUGCCAUAAAAUCACCACCAAAG